AAUGGAGCACCAACAGCUUCUACAGUUGGUCUUCUGGGCUGUACAUGGGCACUGCUGGCUCACAUCCACUGUUCUGUCCACCAGGACCCCCAUGUCCUUCUCUGCAGAGCUGCUCUCACAUUCUUCUUCUUCCAGUCUGCACACACAUCUGGCAUUGCCCCAACCCAAAUGCAGCAUUUCACACCUGGCCUUGUUGAACCUUGUUAAGUUCCCAUGGGCCCACAUGGAACUGAGUUGUCUCAUUGAAUAGCAGGCAUGAUUUCUGUGCUUCUCCUCUGACUGUCACUGGGAAGGGGACACUGGUGAGGCCAGGGUGUCAGCACUGUGGGGCUGCCAGAAGGGCCCAGUCAUUGGGGCUGGGCUUUAGCAGCAGAUCUGUUGGAGGCUCUAUCUGAAAAGGGUUUUUAGCUCUGGGUUCUGGAAAGUACGCAUAAAGAUAUGUGCAUGCAUCUGUUAAAUAUGACUUGGUUAUGACUUAAAUGUAACACAAGAUCAGAGAAACCUGGGCUUGAUUCACCCUUGCUUACAUAAGCAAAAUGGAAAUAGACUUACUGCCUUCUCAGACACACAUCCAAAGCUGAGAUUCAAGAGGAGUUCAGCUACUUGAGCACGGCAGGAUUCAGUGCCAGCUUUGUUGUGUCAUUCUGUGUCAUUGGGGAAACACUGGGAAGCCAAGUUUUUAGAACAGAGAGGAAGCUGUUGGUCUGGUUGGGCACAGAACUGUGGGACCCGCACUGUUGUUGCUUUCUCCUGCCUCUUGCAUGUGGCUUUGACAUCUUUAUCUACAUUACCAGCUGGAGGAAGUGGCUGCAGGGAAACUGCAUCGCUUUCAUUUCCCCUGAGCCUGAAAGUGGGGCUUCAUUUCCUAAACCAGGAGAGAGCUGGAGCUGUGUGCUGUGAUCGGCACAGCACUCCACAGUGAUUUCCUUCAGGUUCCUGAUGGACAAAGCCUUUGGGGCUAGAGAGCAGCUGUAAGCAGCUGGAAGGAGGAGCCCUGUUGGGGUACUCCAGGGCAUCUUAGCAACAAAAACGUGGAGAAAGAGAUGGAGAGCUGCAAAGCAGUGCAAUUAAGGGAAACCACAGUAAAUGUGCAGACUGAAAAAGGAAAAGGAGCAAGAGAAUGACAGCAUAAUGGGGGAGUGGGUUGCCAGAAGAGAGAAAUGCAUAAAAUCUGCAGACAAGAGAGGCUUUCAGCAGGCAGUGUGGUUAUGUAUGUGAACAGGGCUGCUGCUGCCUCUGGGGCUGGGGGCCAAGCUGUGGGGUCUGCGAGGUGCUGGGAGCUGGGAUCCUGCAUGCUGUGCCCUGCAGGCCGUUAUUUAUAGCAGCAGGAAAAGUUUGCUCAAGCUGUCAUUUGUGUGAGCUGCAGUCUAGCUCUCUCUCUCCCUCCCGCUCUUGCUUUCUUCAGAUUUUCACUGUAAUUAGCACGCUUUACAUGAGCCAGGUCAGGGCUGGCAGCUUUCUUUAGAAGUCUGUGUUCUCCAGGCAGGAAUAAGGAAAUGUUUUUUUCUUCUGGGAAUACUGAACCUGAUCCUUUGUUUUAUUUCAAGGAUUAUUCUCAUGCACUGAGAUGGUGGCCGUGCGGAGGGAGGAGCAGAAGCACAGAUUCCCUCUGAAGUUGCAGUGACAGAAGCCUGUGUCUGAAAAUGCAGUCAGGCUUUCAAGGUUCCCUUUGAGCUUUGAUGCAAUAGAAAAAUCUUCUAGGGAUUCUCAUCCAUGCUGAUAGGGGCUGGCUGGGGAUGAGAACAGCCUGUUAGUCAGUGUAAAGCUGUUCUGCUGUCACUUACCUCAAAAGCCUGUUUCCUUUAGCAUCCGAAAAGCUUCCUUUUGAGCACGCCCAGCAAUGGACUGAGAAGAGCAGAGGGUCAGUAUUUGGACAUGGACAGUCAGUAGCUGUGUUAUCUAUAUCUGUGAUGGGAUAUAGCUGCUAUUAUUCAAGGGAAGGAGAUUUACAAGCUGUAAUACACAAUUCUGGUAUGGGAUUUUAGGAAAUACAAUGCAUUUGUGCUUGCAGGAUGUAUGUUAAAGGUGCUGUGCUGACCCUUAUGUUGGUAACAAUGCUCAGCAGCACAGGUAACAUCUUGCCAGAGAGAGCUCAUUCAUUUGGAGCUUGAUCAUUAGUCUGUUAAUGUUCCAGGGUGAACAUUCAAAGGAAACUGAAUCUGUUUGUGAUAUGAGCACAUGGCCUGGCUUGGCACCAAGGGGAGCCUGCCUCUGGUCCUCUGGGUGCUAGGGAUGGAUUACAUUUCAUGGGAUCCUGUUGGAAAAAAUGGACUCAUGGUUUUGGUAGCUGUUGAUAUUAUUUGUGUGAAGCCAGAGUUAUAUGGAGGUGAUAUGGAGGAAUGAUUGAGCUAGCUCAAUAGAGAGCUAGCUUUUUUGCAAAACUUUUAUUGAAUGUGUUUGCAAGAAUAACUGAUGUUUCUGCUCACAAUGUAUGCCAAGUGUAGAUUAAUGCUCAGUGAAGGCUCUGAGAAAUCCAGAAUUGGGCAAGAAAGAGAAGAGAUCAAAUUGAUAAGAGUACAAGACAUGCUCUGUGUAGAAAGAAGCUAUUGGAAGGUGAGAACCUGGGAAGGAUGAAUCCUGGGAUGGUUUGGGGCAGAACGGGAGCGGUCAGACCUGCAUUUGCAAUGAAACACAGAGGGUAUUUUUCAAGGAACUUGUCAUAGCACAUGAGAUUUCUCCCUUUUUAAAGCACUACGGCAGAAUAACGGCUCCCUUGAAUAGCGUGUUGGGGUCUAUUCCCUGGGAAUUUCAUCCAAGCUCUGGGAUAAAAAGGAUUGGGCAGCUUGAGAGACUGGUAGAAGGGAAGGACUUGUAGGAUAUCAUGGUUCUGGAGUCACUCGUGAAAGCACAGUGAGGUAGGCUAACAGCUUUCCUGGGGCCAUUAGUGAGAGUAGAGGAGAAAGCCUGCGGAAGGGCAAUGUGCUGAGAGUUGUAAGAAGCAGACCUUAGUGAUGAAUGACAGGGAGGAGCAGUGACAGCUCAAUUGUUUGAGUCACUUCCAACAGCCAGAGGAGGACUCCAAAGUUCAGAUCUCACCCUGCGUGGCUUAAGGCGUGGAUAGAACACUCACACCUUCAGAUGCUCAGCAGCCUUGCUCAGGGGCCUGGUGCUGCCCUGCUGCUUUUGGGGAGGGCAGCAGGACGCGGUGCUGACCACGCUGUUUUUGUGUUUGGCACUGAUCUUCCUUUCUCCCACUUCUUUCACUUUUCUCUCAUUUUGGCAGUGGUGGUCCAUUCAGCUCCGGUAGAAUGACUGGUGGCUUUCCCUGGAAUGUGAGUCAUCCUCUAGGGAAUUCCUGAAGCAGUGAGUCAGGUUAUUGGGAAAACUUUGCCCACUAGCGUGAAAUAGGAAGCUAGAGUGCCUGUGGUAUCGUAGAAAGGCAAUCCUUUUCAGUGUGGCUGGAGUUGUCCUUCCUUCCCAAAGACAGUCACUUCAAGAUGAGCUGCAGCAGGGAAACGUCACUGAAUUUAUUUAUUUUCACCUUGAAACAUGCUGCUCCUGAUUUUUCCUCCAAUUUUAGAAGGUGGCUGGUCUGAUAAAUGUUCUAGAUGAAUGGAAGAUAUGAAUUUGUCAGGAUUUUAGUGAAAAAUAGCUUGGUUAAAGCAACAAGGCUGGCAGAUAGACAUCACUCAAUUGCACCUGAUAUAUCCCUUUGCCAUUCACCACUUCACCUCACUGUGGCUGAAUUAACCCAGCUCUGGUUGUUUUUCCAAUGUGCAAAUUAAUAGGUGUGUCCUUUGCAGCCACGAAUUAACGAAUUCUGAAUACAGCCAUGGCAACAGAACCCAAAGAACUUCAGUCCUCAAUGUUGGUUGGCUCCAGGAAAAAUUAACUAUUGUAAUUUAUAUGCUGGCAUGGUUUGGCCAUGGUUGUGCUUGCUUUGCCUGCAGAUGCCAGAUUUGGGGUGCCUGGCCUUUCAGCAGACCUGUGUCGGCUCUUCCUAGCAAUAACUUCCAGCAAUCUUUUCUUCCCCAUUGAAGCCAAGCUUUUCUCGUCGCUGGUUGCUUGCUAUUAAACAUUAGUAGGCUUUAUUACUCUGUAGAACAGUGAGUUCUAUUUGAAAUACAAAAUUAGUUUCACUUUUCAAUACUUUUUUUUUCCCCCUAGCAACUUGGUCAUUAUUUUUGCUCAAGCUUGGAAUCGCAGAAAGCUCAGAUUGUGGGCUUUGCUAGCACAGAUGUAGGUGGUUGCAGAUAUGUCGCCAUUGAUGCACCAAUUGGGUGUUGUUUUUAACUCAAUGUCAGCAGCCUCGGAUCGUGCUCUUUCCCCACUCCUAGGCUUUCAGUAGAGUGGCUCAUUUUUAGGUAAGGCUGUCUGUUGACUUCUGCCAUUUCUUGAGCCCUUAUGAAGACUUAAUUUUCUGACAGGUCUGAAGUUUGGAGAUUAACUGUGUUCCUACUGACGUGAUGAGGAAGAACCUUGGUGAUACUGGGGCUGUAGGGUGAGGUUGUUCUCGCCUUGUUCUCCCUCGGGGGAGCCUGGGGGCUGUGGUCACAGGAAUGGCUCUGAACCAGCACCAGAACUGGAGGGUAUGUCUUCCCAAAUAGAGGAUUUCUUUGCUUUAUCUUGAGUUUGAGGAUCCCUCAUCCUGCUUUUAACUGCUGGUUGUAAAGCUGUGAACACUACUGUGAAAAAUAGUGCUUUGUUGGCAUUUAAACUGAAAACGGUGAGAGUUGAGAAAAUUCUUUGUUUCUACGGAAAAGCAUCCACACAGUGGGCACGAAAACACCAAGUACUUGUGCUAAUUGUUCCACUGUCUCUAUAUCUAUUUCUCACUAAAAAAAUCAUUAAGAAUAUGUGUUCAGGUUGGCCAAGAGUAGCUUUGUUCCUCAAGGCAGGCUGGUGGGGCACUGCCACAGGCUAGUGGGGAGAGUUCUACCUGGUUUUACCCUUGCGUUACUCCAUGGCUGUGUGUGGCUCCAUGGAAAGGAGGUGGAUGGAUGCUGCCAUGUUUCAGUAGUUGCCAUUUUUCUUAAAUGUUUCUCUCUUGUGUUGCGGGGAAAAAAAAAAAAAGCCUUGUAGUUCAUAGGAUCACAGAAUCAUGAAGGUCGGAAAAGAUCUGUAAGAUCUGUAAGUCCAACUCAUCCCCACUGUGCCACCGACCGUGUUCCUAAGUGCCACAUCUCCACACUCCUUGGACACCUCCAGGGAUGGCGAUUCCACCACCUGCCUGGGCAGCCUGUGCCAAUGCAGUACUGUUCUUUCUGAGAAGAAUUUUUUCCUCAUACCCAACCUGAAUCUCCGUGGCCCAGUUUGAGGCCAUUACAUCCUGUCCACAUGCUUGAAAACUCGAACCCUUUGUGUGCUGAGCCCUAAAAUAUAACCGAGAUGUGUUAAAAGUAGCAUCCCUUUUGAAAAUGUAUACGUGUGUUUUUAGAUCUCAGUCAAUGGCUCUUAGUGCUUUGGAUUAUCAGUGGUGUUAUUUCAGUAUUGUGAACCAUACACCCUUUGUGGUGAGCUGUGUGUGAAAUCACCCUACUGGAAAAUGACCGUUCUGGAGCAAACCAGGAAUGUGAUAACAAAUCCUCUGCUCUCAUAGGCAGAUUGGUCUCCUCAUGGGAAAAGAGGGACUGUUUCUUAAAUGAAACGGAGCAACCGUCUGAUACGAAGCUUUAGAAAUUCCGAGGUGUAAAUUGCCAGGCUGUGAGGUUGAAGAUGGUGCAGGACUGCUGAGAGCAAUUUCUACCUGAGCGAGAUGUGUCUGGAGUGAGAGCCUAAAAGGAAUGAUGUGAGCAAGGAAUGUGUGCAGCUGGGAAGCAUCUUGAUGCUUCUGCUGCCCGAGGAAAGGAGCUCUGAAGAAACAUUAGGGAGGAAAAAGCACCUGUGUUGGGCCAGAUAGCCACUCUGUUCUUGUUCUCAAAAUGCUGUGACCAACACCGCUGCAUUUCCAAGGAUGCAGUCGUGGCAGCACUUAUGAUGUAAAGUGGUGGGCUGUGCAGGUAAGUGCUUGUCCUGUGGAUGGAUCUGAGAGAUCAUCUUAUACAUUUUGAGUGUUUGUGUCCUGGUCUAACCUAAUCACGUUAGUUCUGUACCCGUGUCAUUGUCACUGUAGUGUGGUGGCCCUCUGGUGAGGGAGCUGUGUCUGAAGUGUGCCAAGCCCCAGGAGGAUCUCCGAACCUUUCCUUUCUCAGACCUUGUGGCUUGGUCUCCUGGCUCUAGCAUUGCUUCUCACUUUAUUUCCUUCUCCUUGGAAAAUAGAGCACAAAGGAGAAUCGAAAGCUGCUGCUGCUUGAUAGCGCUCAUCCUCUUCUGGUGUACCGUGUAGUUUGUCUUCCUGUUCCAACAGGAGCCUCUUCUACCUCUUGUGUGCCUUGUUGUAAGAUGCUCUGAGAUCUUCCCAUCCAGGGAAGGCACUUGUCAAAGGUGCGGAUGUUUUUCUUACAGCUGUCCACAGCUUAUUCCUGCUGUUCUUUGCUAAUGGUUGUUAGGGGUAAGUUGCACAGGGGAGUUGUAUGGCAACAGAUCUUGUUCAUGCUGUAUGCUGGGCCCUUCAGGAGGUGCUGGAGAAGAGAUGUGCUCCCGUGUGUGCAGACAGCCAACACCUGGUCAAUUUUGAAACACUUUGCAAGGAUGAAACCACAUUGUCCACUUCAAUCAGCAAGCAAGGAACAAUUCCCAGAUUGUGAGAAUCCAAGCUCAGGAACUGGAAGAGCUCCCUUGAGGCCUUUGAAAAGGGCUGGCCAAGGACCAGCAAAAUUUGUUCCAAGGUCUGAUUGAUGAUUUCCAUCAAGUACAGUAAGUGCUUAUGGAAAGGCGUGCUCAAUGGGAACAAGAGGUUUCUGCAAGCUGCAGGGGUGAUGACACAAGCCUGUGUUGCUUAUGGGGUGAGCUGCUGGGGCUGGAGGUGCUGCUUUUCCAGCGGAAGGGUUUGCAUUUUAUGAAGCAGCACGCACUGAAGGAUCAGGAGCUGUGUGGUUCAUCAUGCUGAGUGUCACUUUUGGUCACCUGAAGUUGACAGAAAUUGUUAUUGUACAAUAAAAAAUAUGAUUUGGCACCUGCAAGAAAUACAGAGAGCUUCAAGAGCUCCAAUAAGUAGGAGAAGGUGAAGAAGCGCUGGCACGCUUACAAGGGACAGAACAUGGUUCUGCUGAUGUGAGGAGACAGGGAAAGUUGUAUGGCAACGUGGGAAGCGCUCACAACUGCAGUCCUGAGCGGCGGCAUUCCAGGUCAUGUGCCCAGUGGCAUCACAUCCUGUGCUUCGCAGGACUGGCAAGUGACCCAGGGGAGGCUGAGCAGCACCAGGACGGGUGGUGGAGGUGGGGAUGCAGCACUGUGCAUCCAGAGGGCUCACAGGAAGCCAGUGUGGGCAUGGCUGUGCGAGCCUGGAACCGGCCCUGCUGCUGGGGUCAGUGCGGGUGGGCUGCUGUGGUACAGGACCUGCACACAGCCCUUUUCCUGUGGCUGCGUUCAGCUUGUUCUUGUGUACCUUCGUCUGAGGCGAAUGUCAGAUGUGAUGGGAUGUUGGAUUAGGCUAAAUCUCUGAGAUUUAGCUGGAAUGUUGUCUCGCUGUAGCGUUUUUCUCCCUUGCUCUUUUCUCUAAGGCUUCCCCUACAGACAGCUAAUUCUCCCCUUCCCCCACAUCCUGUCGGACCCCAGAGCAUGUCACAAGGAAUUAGCGGCUGAAAAGGCCAGCGGAGGCUGCUCCUCUGGAACAGGCUCUCCUUUCUGAGCCCGGCCGGCCCCUCUGUGUGCCCGCUUUGUGUCCCGGCCAGCUCCCCUCCCCCUGGCCAUUCAAUGCAUGCCAGAGCUGAGGCUGGGCCCCGGCACCUUCCCAGCGCUGCUGCCCUGUGCCAUCUUUCGGGGCCCAGGGGCUUCCCGCAGAGCCAGAGAUGUGCCACAGGAGGAGAUGAACCUUCCUUCCCGUCUCCGUGCCGCUGGCAGCGUCGCCCGCUUUCACUCCAGCUCCUUCCCACAAUUCACAUACAAUGUCCUUAGAAUAGAGAUGAUGUCACUUCCUUCUAGAGGGUGCCGGGGUGUGGAAUGGGGAGUCACGACCCCCCUGGGCUUGGUGGCUCUGGCAGGAUAAAUGAGGUGGCUGCCCAGGAGGGAGGGAGGAGUUGCUCUGAGAACGAUGCCCAGCACUGUGUGCAGGCAGGCGCUGUGCUGUGCUCCCCUUUGCUGGCUGGGAUUUUCAGUGACUGCAAGAAGAAUUUGCUGCUCCCUCCCUCACUCAUGAUGCCCGCCUCUGUGGAUCUGCACUUUUCCUGCGACACCCUUACGGGAGAGAAGAAUACCAAACGGCUAGACCGCAGGCCAUGAGGUGAGCAUCGUGCCUGCUGACCUUUCUCAGACCCGCUAGCCAUGCCAGGGAUUGUCGUGUUCCGCCGUCGCUGGUCUGUGGGCAGCGAUGACCUCGUUUUGCCAGCAGUCUUCCUCUUCCUCCUGCAUACCACCUGGUUUGUGAUCCUCUCCGUGGUGCUCUUUGGGCUGGUGUACAACCCCAAUGAGACCUGCUCGCUGAACCUGGUGGACCAUGGCAGAGGCUACCUAGGCAUCCUGCUCAGCUGUAUGAUCGCAGAGAUGGCAAUCAUCUGGCUCAGCAUGCGAGGCAGCAUCCUGUACACUGAGCCCCGAGACUCCAUGCAGUAUGUGCUCUAUGUCAGACUGGCUAUCUUGGUGAUUGAGUUUGUGUAUGCUAUUGUGGGCAUCAUUUGGCUAACGCAGUACUACGCUUCCUGCAAUGAUAUCACCGCAAAGAGUGUCACUUUGGGAAUGGUGGUGUGCAACUGGGUUGUCAUCCUGAGUGUCUGCAUCACCGUCCUGUGCGUCUUCGACCCGACAGGCCGGACCUUUGUCAAACUGCGGGCCACCAAGCGGAGGCAGCGCAACCUGCGGACCUACAACCUGCGACACCGCCUGGAGGAAGGGCAGGCCAGCAGCUGGACACGCCGCCUCAAGGUUUUUCUUUGCUGCACACGGACAAAGGACUCUCAGUCGGAUGCCUACUCUGAAAUCGCCUACCUUUUCGCUGAGUUCUUCCGAGACCUUGACAUCGUCCCAUCUGACAUCAUUGCAGGCCUGGUUCUUCUGCGCCAACGGCAGCGGGCAAAGCGCAGCGCCGUGCUGGAUGAGGCAAACAAUGACAUUUUAGCUUUUCUGUCUGGGAUGCCAGUGACCAGGAACACAAAGUAUCUGGAUCUGAAAAAUGCGCAAGAGAUGCAGCGAUACAAAGAGGUGUGUUACUACAUGCUGUUUGCCCUGGCUGCCUAUGGCUGGCCCAUAUACCUGAUGAGGAAGCCCACAUGUGGACUCUGUCACCUGGCCAGAUCCUGCUCGUGCUGCUGUCUCUGUCCCUCACGUCCCCGCUAUGCACCCAGUGUCACCAUUGAAGAGGAUAAUUGCUGUGGCUGCAAUGCCAUUGCCAUCCGGCGCCACUUCUUGGAUGAGAACAUGACCUCGGUGGACAUUGUUUACACUUCUUGCCACGAUGCGGUUUAUGAAACUCCUUUUUACGUGGCUGUGGACCAUGAGAAGAAGAAGGUGGUCAUUAGUAUCCGAGGAACUCUGUCUCCAAAAGAUGCCCUGACUGACUUGACUGGGGACGCAGAGCGCCUUCCAGUUGAGGGUCACCAUGGAACCUGGCUGGGACAUAAGGGAAUGGUGCUAUCUGCUGAGUACAUCAAGAAGAAACUGGAGCAAGAAAUGGUGCUUUCUCAAGCCUUCGGACGAGACUUGGGGAGAGGAACAAAACAUUAUGGCCUGAUUGUGGUUGGCCAUUCCCUAGGGGCUGGCACAGCUGCCAUCCUGUCCUUCCUCUUGCGUCCACAGUACCCAUCACUGAAGUGCUUUGCUUAUUCUCCCCCAGGUGGGCUGCUGAGUGAGGAUGCCAUGGAAUAUUCAAAAGAGUUUGUGACUGCAGUCGUGCUUGGCAAAGAUCUAGUGCCCAGAAUUGGUCUCUCUCAGCUGGAGGGAUUUCGCAGGCAGCUUCUGGAUGUUCUUCAGAGAAGUAACAAACCAAAGUGGCGGAUCAUUGUGGGUGCUACCAAGUGCAUACCCAAGUCAGAGCUUCCUGAAGAGACUGAGGAGAACUCGGUAACGAGCAACCGCCUCUGGACCCACCCCAGUGAUCUGACCAUCGCCCUGUCUGCCAGCACGCCGCUCUACCCACCUGGCCGCAUCAUCCAUGUGGUGCACAAUCAUCCCGCAGAGCAGUGCUGUUGCUGUGAGCAAGAGGAUCCCACUUACUUUGCUAUCUGGGGUGACAAUAAGGCAUUUAAUGAAGUGAUCAUCUCACCAGCAAUGUUGCACGAACACCUCCCAUAUGUGGUCAUGGAAGGGCUCAACAAGGUCUUAGAGAAUUACAACAAGGGGAAAACAGCCUUACUUUCUGCAGCGAAAGUGAUGGUGAGCCCUACAGAAGUGGAUCUCACUCCAGAGUUGAUCUUCCAGAGUCAGCCCUUGCCUAGUGGACCCUCUGUGCAGAUUGGAACUGGAGCCCUAACAGCGGACAGAAGGAACAGCAGUACAAAGAGCAAGUCCCAAUCUGAAAUCAGCUUGGAGGGGUUUUAUGAGACAAAGCCACUUUCUCCUGUGCAGAAAGACCCUGUGGAGCUUCUUCUCCUGGACACAAAGGAACGUCUGUCUGUGGAGCUGCAGGACCGCCGUGCCCCUCUGGCGACCAUGGAGAGCCUCUCUGACAACGAAUCCAUCUACAGCUUCGAUUCGAGGCGCUCCUCUGGUUUUCGGAGCAUCCGAGGCUCCCCCAGCCUCCACGCUGUCAUGGAGAAGGAUGAGAUGCACUGCUUUUAUAUAGACCCCGCUAUCCCUGAGGAGAACCCCUCCCUCAGCUCUCGGACAGAGCUGCUGGCUGCUGAUAGCCUCUCCAAGCACUCCCAGGAGACUCAGGCUCCCGACAACGCACUCAACAGCGGUGGCACCACCCCUCAGCGGCGCUGCAGUGAGGAAGGGGCCAGCAGCGAGGGGGACCGCGUUUCCUUAGCCCCUCGUGAGGAGCUGUCCCUCCAGAAUGGACGGCUCACCGAUGUCCCCAGUCCGCAGGUGCUGGAAUUUGCUGAGUUCAUAGACAGCCUCUUUAACUUGGAUAGCAAAAGCAGCUCUUUCCAGGACAUCUACUGCAUGAUGGUAUCAGAUAGCUCCAGUGACUUUGUGGAGAUGCCCAAGUCUGUUAGUGAUCAGGAGAUCCUGUUGAGAGCACAGUAUGAACCCAACUUAGUCCCAAAGCCCCCGAGGUUGUUUGCAGGCUCAACAGAUCCUUCGUCGGGCAUCUCUGUCUCACCUUCCUUCCCCCUUAGUUCAUCUGGAGAGCUCAUGGACAUCACUCCCACAGGCGUGAGCAGCCAGGAGUGCUUGGCCACUGACAAAAUCCGGACUUCCACCCCCACUGGGCACGUAACCAGCCCUGCCAAGCAGGAGGACCUCAUGAUUUCGGCCCUCUAGUGCAGGGUAAAGGGGUGCGGCUCUGAGAGCUGAUCCCAUAGGCUGAGUGCUGGGAUAAUACUCGGAGAGGAGGUGGUCGUCAGGCAGUUGGAAUUGGUGGAGACAGCUGGAAACAUUCCUUCUGGGGUGACACAGUGGUGGCACGCCGCCUGGAGGAUGGAUUGUGCUCGAGUACCAUGCUUAUUGCUGGGAGAAGCAUUGCCUCACAAGGCCUGCUACACUGAGAGGGUCUGAGUCACUAAAGGUAGAUGCAAGUUCCCUACCUCAGCCUGUCUCAUUCCAUGUAAGAGGCAGAUUCCUUGCCCCAGGGCACCUGCUGAGUUUGGGAGUGAGAUACCCUGCUCCAGGGAAUUCUCAAGGGCAAAGGGGUAGAAGUUUGAGAGUUGGAUAGGCCAGAUUCCCGCCUCUCCCCUCCCUUGGUAACAUUUCAGUGGUUUUGGAAAUGAACGGAUUGAGACUUUGGGCCCUGUUGCACUACCAUGUCAGAUCUGGCCCAAGAUCCAAUUCGUCACACUUCCAUGGGGAUUGCCUUCCUGGGACACUCUCCUCUUUUAAAGCCAUUGGGGCUGUAUUCUCCCCAAAUGCAGUCUCCCCUUCCCUGGCCAGGUGCAGCAAGAAUUGGGCUGGCACUGUGUUAUCUCUCCCCUGAGUACUUCUGUGUUCAAUGACUGCCAGGCUGCUCCUGAGAGGAACGGAAACUGCUCUGAAAAGCCCAAAGCCCUCUGCCAUGUCUCUCCUACACCAGAAAAGGUUCUCCUGGACAUCACCGCCAUCACUCGGUGGCCUGGACUGCUCUGAGCUGGCGAUGCUUCUGCAGGACUGACAGCAUUCUCAUCUCAGAGCUGCACGGAUGGAUUGACUUAAAGAUUCAAAUGGCUCGUCGACACCCAGCGUUGCUUCCUAAGCACUCUAGGAUCCCCUCCUGGACCCUACCAGGUCCUCAUGCUACCCAUAUGCAGUCAUCACAGAUCAGUGCCAGCCGCUGUCAUUGGGAGUUCAGGGAAAAGAUGAACUUUUACUAAGUAUUGGAACCUCUUGUAUGUUUACAAAGCUGCUGAGCUUUUGGAAGGUAUUUAUUAAGCAAACAGGGAGGCUCUCUCUAGGCAAAAAGUAUAUUCGUUUUCUCCUCCCUGCGCCAUUCCCUCUGGAGGCUGAGGGGAGAGAGGGUAAAAAGGUAUGCUCACAAGUCUCCUGCUUUAGAAGCAGGCUGGGGUGAUGGGGGGGCAUUGGCUCUGAGUCUGGGGGGAGCUGAGUCUCUCGCCCGUUCUCCCUGAUGCACAAUGUGUGACAAAGCUCAACCAAGUCAUUAGUAGGAGUACCUAGCACUGCUGUGCAGAGCCUCCAUGCCCAGAGGAGCCUGCUGGAGCUACCCAAGUAGGGUAUCUCCAUGGUUUGAAGCAGGAAAGAAAUUACCAAUCUAGAAAGUUGAACAUACUGUGACCUUGUGCAAUCCUUUAACUGACAGAACGUUUUCAGCGGAGUUACCAAUGCAGUCUCAUUGGAGCUGUGUCCUCCCGCACUGGAAAAGAAAUUCCUCUUUUAACUUCCUUCUAACACUAGGGAUGUGACUCCCUCCUCCUUAGCUGUGGUAUUAUCAAUGUAGGAAGAUGCUGCGCUUCUCAGGAGCUUGGUUUGCAACAGUUCCUGGGCUCCUGUGUUCCCUUAGGCUCUGGCUGUGCUCACCAGCAGCCCUGGUUGUGGCUCAGGACUGUGCUGCCCUGGAUGCAGCACAGGGAGCACAGCGGUGUCAAAUACUGUCACAUCAGCGCAGGAGCACUUUAUAGCUGCUGUGUGUUGAUGUCAGUAACUUCAGGUGCACAGAAAUGAACUGGACUUUGUCCAAGUGCUGCUCUCCUGCUCCAUUUCGUGUAGGAUUCUGUAUCCCCCUGCUCUUGAAAAAUUACAGGGCCCUUAGAAAUGCAGGGCUUUUGUUCAAACAGGCAGUAAAAUGUUGUCCCUGUGCGUUAGAUCCCAGAGGGGACCUUUUCUAUACAGUCUUGAUUUGGUGGGAAGAACCCCCUCUGAAUUAGCUGUAAUCUGUAAAAGAUAAAAAAACACUUUGUUCCGAGCAACAGGUUGUUUUGCUAGUCCUUCAGAACACAGAAGUGUUCCCCUUGCUGGGAGGUGAUGGUUCAGGAGCUCAUACAGACAGCUGUGUAAGUGCCAUCAGAUCAUCCACCAUUGCAGACCACAGGGGAAGGCUGACUUGUGCAGGUAGACAAGAAACACUGCAAGGGUGAUGUCCAGAAAUGAGCACGUGGGUAGCUGUGAGGAGAAAGGGAGCUGAAGCACAGGGAGCCUGAAGCUAGCAGGCUAGCUCACCUCCUGAUGCAGACUGCUGCCAUGCACAUACAGUGGGGAAAGGACUUUGCUUCUGCCUUUAGUUGUUGGCAGAAAGUGGGUAGUAAAAACACUUAGCACUUCGGCAGAGCUUUAUAUCUGCAAAGCACUUUACAGACAUGAAGAAAAGAAUCACCUCUGUCCCUGGCAGCGAGCUAUUAGGAGAUGUCUCUUUGAGACUGUGUGGAACUACUGGUGUCCUAUCUGAGGGAUGGUGAGGAGAUGAUGCAAGCUGAGAAAGGUGGAUAACUUCCCUCUUAAGAACAAGUUGUUUCACUAGUGACCCGAUGCUGAAUGGCUCACAGUAUUGCACUAGAAAGUCACUUCUGAUCUGGAUACCUCCCAUAUGUCCUGGAAAACAAUCAUGGUGUGACUGUUUCGUUCUCUGUGCCAUUGGAACUGUGUCCUUAGGGAAUGGGAUGACCUUGCCCUGACCAGCUGUAGCAGGAGACAGCCUGGCAUGCUGCAUUCUUUUUUUGCUCUGUGCUCUGUGAUUAUUGGGCUUCUCUGAAAAGCCUGGAAAUGCCUCAUAUUUGUGACCUGGCCUUGCCAUAGACCAAGUCAAGGAGCAAAAGAGCCCUUCUGGUUAACGUUCUGACUGUAUUGCAUUAUGGGUGAUUCCUGUUUUUCCAUUGCUCUGUUGACAAACAGAUCUGUUCCCAGUCCUCACGAAAAGUCCUCACUGAGUAAAUCCACAUUCUUUGCAUUA